AUGUCAUUUGAAAAAGUCAAUGAAAAAGAUACUCUUUCAGAGUUGUCAAGCAAAAAUAAUGAUCCAUGUAGCCUUUUAAGCUUUCAUAAUGAUUUUCUUCACUUUGGUAGCUUAUUUUCAAGGUAAUUUUCACAUAGCCAGCUGACCUCAGAAAAUGAAAAAGCUUAUAGCUACUUUAAGGAUUUUGCUGAUGGAGAAGAUAGCUUAAAACUUUUAGAAUUCAUAGAAAACUCAAGAUUAGACAGCGAAAUAUUGCAAAUUUACUGUGAAAUGAUUGUUAAGAUAUUAUCAAAGUAAUUUAUAAAAAGGAAAUGGAGUUUAUUCCCAUGUGAGUUUAUAUCAAUGCUAUCCAAAAUUGUAAAAAGUAAGAUUUUUGAAAAUAUUAAAGAUGUUUUUAGAUUAAAAACGUUAAAAGAAUGUUGUGCAAAAUUGACUGGAGAGAUUUAUUUUCAGGAAAAUAAUGAAGAUCUCUGAGAAUUUGUAAUUGGGAAUUUGGAUCUUUCUUAUGAGCACAUAGAUAUAAGCAUUGAUAUAAUCAAAUACAUAAUUAAACGCCAAAAUAUUAUGGAAAAGUUGUAUAUAAAAGAUUUUCAUAGAAAAAUUUCUGAAUCGAUACCAAUGACAUCCAUGGUCACGAAAAUCAUAGAAAGCUGAUUCUUAAACAAAAGCCAAAAUAGUGAGCUAGGAGAGAUUAAUAUUCAGAAUUUUAUAUCUAAAACAUUACCAUCUCUAUUUGUUAAGCUUUUACAGACGUUAGAGACUAGUAUAGAUGAUACAACCAAUCAUGGUAAUAAAAUUGAAAUUAUUCAGAAAAUUAUUUGUUUACUCAAUGAUAUCUUGCAGUUUGAUGGAAAGUUAUCUUUUAAAAACGAAGAAAUAGAUGAAAUUUAUUCAAAAAAUAUUUUCUUGAUAUUUUUCAAAUUAUUUGAAAAUUUUUUAGCAUUAAAUAAUCCCUUAGCUGCUGCAAAUUGUUUGCAAUUUAUUGGUCUCAAUCAAGAAAAGAUAAUUAUAAGCUUAAAUCAAAAUAUUGUUAAAUAUCACAUGCUAGAAAUUAUCAAAGGAAUUACAGUAAUCUUCACAACAAAAUUUGGGCUUGAUCAUGAAAUUGUUUACAAUUCUUUUAUCAAGCUUAUAUCUAAACUAGAUCACAAAGAAAUAGCUCAUAAUAAUGAUUUUUAUAUGGAAAUCAGCAGUUUUACGAUCAAUGCUUUGCAAUCAAAAAAUUCCAAAAAAUGUUGACUUGAUUUAAUAAAUUUUUGGAAAAAUCUUUCAGAAAAUGAUUGUUUUAUGAAUAGGAUUUUAAAGCAAACUUCGUGGGAUAUUUGGAAAAUUUAUGUCAAAAUUAUUUUUGAUUUUGAAGAUGAGGGAAUAUGGAGCCACCAUGACGCAAAAUUGGUAGUUGUAUUUAAAAUCUCUGAUGAUUAUUAUCAGGAAUUUGGUAGAUGGAUUCUUAAGCAUUAUAAUGUAUUAAUGUCAGCUGACAUAGAGUAUAGGGUUUGACCCUCAACAGCCCGAUGAGGGCAGAUGAUCCCUCGCGGAAUCAUCUACCCUUAUCGGGCUAUUGAGAGUCAAACCCUAUAUGAAAAUUGCACAAAGCUAAUUAAACUGAUUUAUAUUUGAUGCUCCAUAAUAAAAAAUGAAUAUAAAAAUAUAUCCCAAAAAAGCCUAACCUCGAUGCGAGUAAACUAUGAAAAGUUUUGUAUCCACCAAGAAAUGCUUGAAAAUGUUUUAAAAGUUAUUUUGGCAAUAGAAGACUUCAAUAAUAUUUUUUCUCAUCCAUUAUUGCAGCCUUGCCUUUAUUUCAUAAAAUGCUUUAUUAAGCUCUACUGUAGCAGAUUCUGAAGCCAAACGCUUAUUCCACCUCAUUAAGCAACAAAACUAUUGAAAAAAUCCCUAUUAUUUUGCCAAAAAACACCCCGUGAGUGAACAAAAACAAUUUUUAAUAGAAAACCGUUUUUGAAAAAAAAAUUAUAUAAGUGAUAAAUCAUAUAAUGAAAUCUCUAGCUAAUUCUGUUUAAUUUCAAACAAUUUGCAUUGUAAAACAUAAAUUUUACAAAUUAAAUAAAUAUUUGCUUUCCAAUUUUUGCGAAAUUGCGAUUUUCUUAAAUUUCGAAAAAAUAUUAACCACUCUGUGAAGGAAAAUUUUUUUUUUCGCUUACGGAGGGGGCAGAAGUUAGCAGCUCAUUUAUAGACAUUAUUUUAGUCAAAAUUUAUCAAGAAUUCCUAUUCUUUAAAGUUAAUACACAUCCUAUUUGCCUUCAAAUCUUUACAAAAUUAAUCAAGUCUAUUCACUAUGAUUUUAAUAAUAAAAAUAGAGAAAUAGCAUGUGGGAUAUUUUUAUUAAAAGAAAUUCACGUAAUAGAAAUAAUGAGGCUUUAUGCUCAAUAUAUCUUAAAAAGCUCAUCAAAAAUCUCAAAAAUCAGAGCUGAUUUUUCUUUUGCUAUGGCAAAUCUUUAUAGCAUUUCUAAAGAAAAAAUUGAUUUAUUUUACUUACUCCCCCGCCUCCGUGAGUGAACAAAACCAUUAAAAAAUCGGGCAUUUUUUGCCCAAAAACCACCCUCCGUGAGUGAACAAAAAUUUUUUUUAAUACAAAAAAUUUUUAUGGAAAAAAAAAUUGAUAUAUAAAUGAUAAUUAGUAUAAUGAAAUCUAGAGCUAAUUCUGUUUAAUUUUAAACGAAUUGCUUUUUAAAAUAUAAAUUUUUUACAAAUUAAAUUAAUAUUUGCUUUCCAAUUUUUGCAAAUUAGAUUUUUUUAAUAUUCGAAAAAAAAUAUUUUUUCAAAAAUUUAUAUAUAAAUUUUUUUAAAAAACAAAAAUUAACCACCCUCCGUGAGUGAACAAAAUUGUUUUGUUCACUCACGGAGGGGGGGGGGAGUUAUUGACACCUAUUUCUAUUUUAUUAGAGAUUUCUGUAGAAGAAUUGAGCUAUAUUUAUCAAGACUUAAAAGGUAUUAUUAGGGCUUUAAACAAUUCAGAAGAUUUUGAGAUAUUUUUUGAUUGAUUUUUUCUAACUCUCGCUAUACUUGAUCGAAAGAUUCCAUUAAAAUUUUUCUAAAAAAAAACAAAAUGAAGCCCAUCCUUAUUUGAAUGAUUUUCAUAUAUAGCAAGUAUGAAGCCUACUCCCCUACCCUCCUCAAAUAUAAAUACCUAUAUUUGAUAAUACUUAAUAUUAGACAAUUUACAGUUAGCCAUAUUAUUGGAUUUUCUACGUAUUUCCUAUAUAUUGUAUUCUCUGCAUCUUUAUAUUUUAUUUAGAAAUUUUUUAACCCCAUCCUUAAUUGAACAAUAGCCAUCAUUCGAUCAAGGACGGAGAGAGUAAAUGAAAAUAAAAUGAGUCAAAUAGAUUCAGAUAUAUUGCAUAAGCUAUUCAUCAUGCAGUUUAUUAAAGAGUUUAUAGGCAAAUUUAUUAUUUUUGCUGAUAAUUUCGAAAUAAAUAAAACUCAGAUUAUUUUAGCUUAUUCAAUUAAGAAUCUUGAUAGAACCUUUACAAUUCUAGCAAAUAGUGAUUUUACGCAUAUGACUAAAGAAAAAUUAAGUGCCCUUGGAAAUUCUAUUGAUACACUUAACUGCAUCAUAAAAUACAAAAUAAAUCACCCACAACAAAAUUACAAUUUUAAAGAAACAAUUAAUCUUGCUAAUGCCACAAUAAAUCAUUAUACAAUUGAAAUUCUAUGUGCUGAGCCUGAAACAAUCGAAAAAUGCUGUGAAUUUAUAAAAAACGUAAAAUUAAUUAACUAA